AUGUCUUGUUACGCGCUUCUCAUUUGUACCUUCAUCCUCCUCCUGCCAUCUGGCCAUGGUAACCCUGUUCUGUACCACUACACUCGUGAACAGACAACGUGCCAAUGGCAGUGGUGGUGGGAGGACCCCAUUCCCACCCCUACCCGGCCUGAUGAGGUCACCUGGAUUGUUGCACCCACCGCAGACUGCUCAAUCACCACCUCUACGGGCUUCAUGACCUCAGAUAUUCCAGAAACCAAGAAAACCCCAUACGCCAUUCACGAUGAAUGGUAUUUGUUUGCUGCGGCUGUCUGGACCAUUGUUGAGCUGACAGUCCCUCCUCCCUCAACUCAAGAUGCCGGCGACAUCACCAAUUCCAAGGCCAUGAAGCCCGAGGAGACCGAGGCCCUUCACAUCACCUCUGCAGCCAAAUACAUUGACCCGGAGGAGGCCAAGCGACAGGCGGAGGGAAUAUCCACUGGGAAGAAUAAGGAGAAUCAUCAGGUGGACUCAAUCGAGGCCAAGUCUAGCUCGCUUGGACUCUCCGAUGACAAAAGCUGCCACGUCUCCGAAGGAACCCAGACGCCAGUCUUGUCUCAGUGCCACGAGUACAACGACAACUCUCAGGCUUUUGCGGAGUGGAAGGGCUCAUCUCAGCCGACCUGCCCUAAGUGGGGUCCUCCUCCUUACCUUCGAGGUCACCAUGCCGGAUCCCAUGGCACUGGAGGCCAGAACAACCCGUCCGCCGCGACUGCCAGCACCGAGCGCUCUCGUGGCCAGGGUCCCAACGUGCCUCCUUUCAACUAG